AUUAUGUAGUCACAUUAAAAAGUCGAUUAUUAUUAUUUUAGCCUAACAAAGAUUCAUCGUCUGAUGCUAAUCGGCACUCAAUUUCGAGUUGGUCUAUAGUUUCUUCGGAUGUUGAUAAACUGGAAACACCAGAUGACACUACCUUCCUGUUCUUCAGAUCAGCAAUAUUCUAGCUCUGGUUCUAAAGGAGUGUCACUUUCUCGCCAAUCCUCAAUAAUAGAAUCAUUUUCAACAAUUAGGUCAUUUUCAGAUGGUGGUGGAAAAGCUGGAAAAAUCACCAAUGCUAUCAUAUUCAUGAUCGCAAAAGACAACUUGCCCUUAAACACUGUACAAAAAGAAGGUUUCAAAUAUUUCAUGAAAACACCACAAACCUUUAUACCAUGUACCCGAUCGCAAAACACUAUCUAA